AUGGAGUUGAUGGAACUUGUUGACAACGAGCCGACGGCUCGGCCCUUUCAGUGCGACUGGCAAACGUGCAACAAGUCUUCGAGUUUGGCAAGACAUCGGCGCAUACACACCGGAAAGAGGCCAUAUAAGUGCGCCCAUGAAGGGUGCCUCAAGAGCUUUUGCCGGAAGACCACGAUGGUUAAACACCAGAGACGUUCCCACCAGAGAGGCAUCCAUUCAUCAGAGGUCGACGACUUUUCUUCCGAGUCCGACGGUGGCGAGUCUCCAUCUACUCCCAGACAACCCGGCAUGCCAUGGCCCACCGGCCACCUUACCAGUGCGCAUCCAGGUCUGCAGGGCCAUGCUAUCCCACGAGCAUCAUCUUUCCCCGAUUUCGGCCAACAAAUAGCCGAUUAUAGCGUCCCCCAUCCCAACAUGCCACAACAAUAUGGACAUCGACAUAGCGUUUCCGGUGGCGCCCACGAAUAUCAUGGUGAGAUGGUCCAGCAACCGCAACACCCACAACACCCACAACACUCGCAACAUCCGCAACACCCUCAACACCCGCAACAUCCAGGGGUUCAUAUGCUUCAUAGAACGACGAGCAUGCCCCAGCACCCAUACUACGUGACGGAGCAGAACAACCCCGGUGUGGCGACCAUGAACACGAAUCCGAUACAACCGUACCCGAUGCCUCCCCAGAUGCCUCCCCAGAUGCCUCCUCAAAUGCCUCCUCAGAUGCCGAGACAACAACCCGAACGACUCCCAUUGGAAAUUCCAUACGUCGGAGCUAAUAUGGCAGGCUCUCUUCAAAGUAGUCCUAGUACUUAUUCGGCGGCAGGCGCAGGGCGGAGUCCGUCUGGUCAAGAUGGUUUCUACACGCACCAACCACCACCACCGACUUAUACGCUCAACGCGUCAUCGCCCAUCGUGGAACACCCUAUGGUGCAAUACGCACAGCAAAUUCACCAACCGAUUCAUCCUCAUCCUCCUCAGUCGGUUCAGUCUCAUGUGCCUCCCCCGCAACAGGUCCAACCGCACGAGCAGUAUCAACCACCGCCCAAUCCAGAAGAUGCAUGGUACAGCACGGUCCCAUAUCAGCCUCCAGUCGAGGUUACUUCCAUUGGCCAGAUGCCUCCCUCUUACGCACCUGCAAUAUAUGAUUCAUGGUCCAUUAAGGAGGAUUAUGACGAGUCAGGGCUGCAGAUGCCCAGUAGCAGGAUCGAUAAUAUGUAACUGAUACGACCCGGCAUGUAUGAACAUGUUCCUUUUUUUUCCUUCCUGUUGCAUAAUUCUUUCCAUAUCCCACAGCGCGGGGGGGUUCUCAUACACAUUGUCAUCGGCAUCUGCAUCUUUAAUAAUUCUUGUCACGAGAUUCCGACCUAUUCUUGUACCAUAAUAAUCUCGUUUGUAUUCUUUUUUCUCCUUUUUGUUUCGAAUAGGAUAUACCAUGGGGGCUCA